GCGGCCUGGGCGCGCGGCCCGCGGCGGUUGGCGGCUUGUGGGGCCGGCGGGCGGUUGCCGUGAGCAGGACCAGAGCUCCGGCGGCGAGAGCCGGCGCCAUGGUGGAGAAGGAGGAGGCGGGCGGCGGUAUCAGCGAGGAGGAGGCGGCUCAGUAUGACCGGCAGAUCCGUCUCUGGGGAUUGGAGGCCCAGAAACGGCUGCGGGCCUCCCGGGUGCUUCUUGUUGGCAUGAAGGGACUCGGGGCUGAAAUCGCCAAGAAUCUCAUCCUGGCCGGAGUGAAAGGACUGACCAUGCUGGAUCACGAGCAGGUAUCUCCAGAAGACCCCGGAGCCCAGUUCCUGAUCCGUACUGGGUCUGUUGGCCGAAACAGGGCCGAAGCCUCUUUGGAGCGCGCACAGAAUCUCAACCCCAUGGUGGAUGUGAAGGUGGACACUGAGAAUAUAGAAAAGAAACCUGAGUCGUUUUUCACCCAAUUUGAUGCUGUAUGUCUGACUUGCUGCUCCAGGGAUAUCAUAGUUAAAGUUGACCAGAUCUGUCACAAAAAUAGCAUCAAGUUCUUUACAGGAGAUGUUUUUGGCUACCACGGAUACACGUUUGCCAAUCUCGGAGAGCAUGAAUUUGUAGAGGAGAAAACCAAAGUUGCCAAAGUUAGUCAAGGAGUAGAAGAUGGACCUGAUACCAAGAGAGCCAAACUUGAUUCAUCUGAGACAACCAUGGUCAAAAAGAAGGUGGUCUUCUGCUCCAUCAAAGAAGCGCUGGAAGUGGACUGGAGCAGUGAUAGAGCAAAGGCAGCUCUCAAGCGCACGACUCCGGAUUACUUUCUCCUUCAAGUGCUCCUGAAGUUCCGCACAGAUAAAGGAAGAGAUCCUAGUUCUGAUACCUUUGGGGAAGAUUCUGAGUUGUUGCUUCAGAUUCGAAACGAUGUGCUUGACUCCCUGGGUGUUAAUCCUGACCUGCUUCCCGAAGACUUUGUCAGGUACUGCUUCUCUGAGAUGGCCCCAGUGUGUGCAGUGGUUGGAGGGAUCCUGGCCCAGGAAAUUGUGAAGGCCCUGUCUCAAAGGGACCCUCCUCACAACAACUUCUUCUUCUUUGAUGGCAUGAAGGGGAACGGGAUUGUGGAGUGCCUCGGCCCCAAGUGAACCCAAGACUUGGCAGCCGCAGCGAUGCUGCCCGCGGCUUGCUCACAUGUGAUCCUUGUCCCCUUCCCCCGUGACGGCCCUCUCCAGGCGAGGGAGAGUGAAGUCACUGAACCCAUGCAAACCGUUUCCUGUGAGCAGUGAGGUCGUACAGAUGUGCUGCUUCUCAGCACCCGGGGCUGCUAAGCAAGGGGCGUAGGUCCUGGCUGUCGCCGUUCCCGUCCCAGGCCUGCGCGGCCAGCACCUGACAGCCCCCUCUGACUCCUCGUCACGGCGUCGCCAGUCCCCCCGGCCACGAGCCAGCACGCCUUGUUGCUUAGGAGCCUCUUGCCACCUUCUCGGCCUUAGUCUCCGCCUGUUGUCACACAGAGAGGAGCAUGACUUCAGGUGGGGAAUAAGGCCUAGGACCGAUGAAACACUAGUGGAACCACAGUUCCAAAUGCCGACAGGUGCCCUUAGAGAGGAAAAAACAUGGCAGGCGGAAUGUAUUUCCUCCAAAGUUUGAGACUCUGAAAAACAACAGGUGGCAUCUGGUGUGCUAUUCUUGAGUUUUAGUUUAGGAUUAGUUGAGUUCCAGCCUGGAUUUUGGACGAGAGGAAAUAUCACCAAGUCCUCUUGGGUAUGAGGGUGAGACCUUGCAAAUGGAAUAUUAGCGGGAAAGCUCGUUUUAAAAAGGCAGAUUCCCUGGUCCCACCCCCUGGGGAUUCUGACUCCUUGGCCGCGAGCUGGGACAGAGGAGACCGCCCUUCCCACGGAGCCCCAUGCCGAUGCCGUACCGACCCUCGCUCUGGAGGCUGUCGCGUGUUAAGGGCUGUAUCGGCCCUUCAUUUACCCCCCUGAAUUGCAGCUGUUCGUGUUUUUUUUAUAUUUUCUAUAUUUCCUUGGUUCUUUAAAAAGGAAUGAUUGAAAUAAAGUUAUUUGCUUUAGGA